AUGCAAGAAGAGGAUCGCAAUACGGGUCAGAUUCAAUGGUAUAUCUACGGUCUCUAUAUUACCGCAGCUGGAGGCUUCAUUCUCACGGGUCUCAUCAUCUUGAUGCUUCUUGCGGAACAAGCGGCACAGAUUGUGACAACACUAUUCCUUGGAUGGUGA